AUGACCAACCACCAAUCUCAAGUGGACGACGAAACUUCCAUGGGAAAUGGAGAUCGAUUUAAGAUCGCUGAUGGAAGCCAUGCUUUUGUUUCAUUACCUAGUGUUACGAUUCCUUCAAGCGAAGUGCCUGCGCCACUUCAUCCUUCAAGCCCACCCUUGAGGGCCUCGAGGUCGACUACAAGCUCGAAACCAGCUUCGGUGACCAAGUUGUCCUCUGAUGCAGUCUUGUUGUCUUCGGAUGAUAAGUUGUCUGUAGAACCAGAACAGAGGAAAACUCUCCAGGAAAGUGCGGUCGAAACUGAAACAAACUCCGCCUCCCCGGCAGAGAGCUCUCCGGCGAGCACAAUGGAGAUCUCUCUCGCAAAAGACGAUGCAAAGCUCAAGACCACUUAUGGGCAAUCUAAAGAUGAUCAGCGAAUCUCGACAAUGCUGAGAAAAGGAAGGUCAAGGUCGGUUCAUGACAGGUCCCUUUCCCCGGAUCCGAAGCAAUCUUUUUUCAUGCGGGCGAGGAGCUUUCCGAAGGAGCAUGCUCCUCAAGAACCUCCUAUUCCUGCGAGAUGUUCUAGUGCUCCUGAAUACGAAGAUACUCAAGCGGGGAUGUUUUCACAGGGUGAACUCAAAUACUACGAAGAGCUUGCUGCUGUCGAGCGCUAUUGGAGGGAGCUGGAUCUUCACAAUGAAGAACUUUACAGGCAAUCUCAAAUCUCGUCAGCGGUUGGCUAUGACAGCAACCUUUACAAGAAUCAGAGACGACAUGUGAGCAGUGGAAACAAGUUUUAUGCGCACGUGGUUCGCUCUAGGGCAGCAGCACAUGACUUCACCGACCACGACCACCAUCAUGCAAGUGAGCAUGAGCGUAACAGGAGGCCAACGAUAUGA